UGAUAAUAUCCUGUGUCUUAUUCCUGUUCUCGGUAUCGGCAUCGCUUGGCACAGAUCUCAUCUCGGACGUCAGUGACUCAUUCCUGUUCUCGGUAUCGGCAUUGCUUGGCACAGAUCUCAUUAAAUAAUUGCAACCUUCCUAUGUUGUCACUCAUCACUUCUUCUGCUCUGCAAAUCCUUGGGUCUGCAAAGAUGUGUAGGUCAAGGAUUUUGAUCUCCAGCGCUACGUUCGUGAUAUGUUUCUUAACUGGCGCUCCUUCCUCAAUCUCUCUCUCCUUCAACUUCUCUACCUUCCCAAACGAUGUCUUUGUGUCCGAUAUCCUUCUCCAAGGCGACGCCUUUAACCGCGAUGGCAGCAUCGAGCUCACCAACAUCUUAAGCGGAACGGCCAAGUACAAUACGGCCAACUUCAACAAGGGCAGAGCGAGCUACCGGAAGGAGCUUUUCCUCCUUUGGGACGCGCAAACCAAGCGGCAAUCGGAUUUCACCACCCGUUUCGUCUUCGAGAUCAGGUAUCAGGGGCAGAAUCUCGUCGAUGGCCUCGCUUUCUUCUUGUCGGCGCCGAUGUUCCAUGUUCCCGACGAUUCCUACGGCGGCAGCCUGGGACUCUUUACUAACAAUUCCCGGCUUCCCCCAUCGCCAACGGUGGCGGUCGAGUUCGAUACGUGGUCAAAUAGGGAGUUCAAUGACCCGGAUCGACCCCACAUCGGGAUCGACAUCAACUCGGUGCGCUCGGCAAAGACGGCAAAUUGGAGCAAUUUUAAGGGAAAUACGAUCUGGACCUCGUGGAUCACUUACAAUUCAGCCACUUAUAAUUUAAGUGUUUUCCUAUCUAGCGGAGAUAACCAGCUGGAGCUCAGCGAUGCAGCUCUGAUCCUCAAUUACAACAUCGAUUUGAGCACAGUGCUGCCGGAAAAAGUAGAAAUUGGCUUCUCGGCGGCCACCGGUUUAGGCAGUGAAGAAAAUACUGUACACUCAUGGUCGUUCCACUCGACUCUGCAGCCAAAAAAGAAGUUCAAGAUUGCUGCUAUUGCCAUUUCCAUUGCCGGGGCAGUAGUCUUGAUCUUGGUGGCUGCUUUGGGCUCGCUAUGGCUUCUUAAACGAAGGCGUAGGACGAAUGGAGAAGACGAAGACGCGAUGGAUAAUGAGUUUGAAAGAGGGAGAGGACCGAAGAGGUUCGCUUACCCGGAACUCGCCUGCGCCACCGGGGAUUUCUCCGACGAGGGCAAGCUUGGCGAAGGCGGGUUCGGGUCGGUCUACAGAGGCGUGUUGAAAGAGCCCGAGCUCGAAGUCGCCGUCAAAAGGGUCUCCGAGGGCUCAAAACAGGGGAGGAAGGAGUACAUGUCGGAGGUCAAGAUCAUCAGUCGGCUGCGCCACCGCAACUUGGUGCAGCUCGUAGGCUGGUGCCAUGACCGCCGGGAACUCCUCCUCGUAUACGAGCUGGUUCCCAAUGGCAGCCUCGAUUCCUACCUCCAUGGCGGCGAAGAAACGACUUUGGAAUGGGGAGUGCGGCUCAGGGUGACGCUGGGCUUGGCUUCGGCUCUGCUUUAUCUCCACGAGGAGUGGGAGCAGUGCGUGGUGCACCGGGACGUCAAGCCGAGCAACGUCAUGCUGGACUCGGCGUUCAAUGCCAAGCUCGGGGACUUCGGGCUCGCGAGACUCCUCGCCCACGACGGCGGGGCGCAGACGACGUCAGUGUUGGCAGGCACGAGAGGGUACAUGGCGCCGGAGUACAUUUUCACCGGCAAGGCAAGUAAAGAAUCGGACGUCUACAGCUUCGGGGUCGUGGCACUAGAGAUAGCGUCUGGUAGAAAGCCGUUAAUGGUAGGGGAGAAGGACAUGACCGAGCUGGUUCGAUGGGUUUGGGAGCUUUACGGGAGGAAGAUGAUUCUUGAAGCGGCGGAUCCGAGGCUACAGGGUGAAUUUGAUCGGAGACAAAUGGAAUGCUUGAUGAUCGUGGGGUUAUGGUGCGCUCAUCCUGAUCCGAUGGCGCGGCCGUCCAUGAAACAAGCUAUCAGUGCCCUUAACUUCGAGGCUCCGUUUAACUUUGAGGCUCCGUUGCCGGAGCUUCCUCCGGUGAAGCCGGUGCCUACCUAUGGUCCCGCGUUGCCGAGGCUGUCUCAGGUUCCCUCGUAUGAAUUCUAGAAAUGCUAUAACUUAUGACCACUUCCAGUGCAUUUUCUGAUGCAGAAUUGGAAGAAGUAUUGCGAUGCCCUAUAAAUGCUACCUGGUUGUAUGAAUCUACUGUGUGAAUUAAUUCAUUGUAUACUCUAAAAAUAUUCUUCAAAAGAAAAUACAAAGAUCCUUAUUAG